AGUGUUAUCGAGCACAGUACGCGCGCGCUAUGCGCUUCUUUUGUUUCCCCUCACAUGCCUAAAUGCGAUUGUUUGCUCAGACGCGAACUAACUUCGGAAGAAGACGUUGCUUGGUAGAAGCCGGUAGCAGAGUAAGCUCCAUAAGAAAAGUAAAAGCGAGGAGAGCGUCGCGGAUAUGAAGGUGGCGGCGGCGACGACAAUGAUGACGAGAAAGACGUCGACGGCGAUGGCACCGCCAUUGCAACCGUCUCACACGCAGAAACAAGAACGAGGCAGGAGAGCUGCUUCCAGCAAGACGAUGCCGUCGCCGUCGCCAUCGCUCGCGAACAAUAAAACAGGCUUAGCGCCCUUCAGGGUGAUGCCUGUGAUGAAGCCGAGGACGAGCACGACCACGACGGUGGAGCCGACGACGAGUACGAUGGUAGAGCCGUCAGCGAGCACGACGGUGAGCACGACGAUGGGGCCAACGACGAGCACGAUGGUGGGGCCGACGGCGAGCACGACGGUGGGGCCCACGACGUGCAUGACGGCGAAGCCGAUGACGAGGGUGGGCAAAGACCCUCAGUUACGGAAGGCAAUUAAGGACGUUAUACGCCGAAAAGUUCAAAAAGAGAACAAACGUAUGAAAAAAGCAGCAUGGCACACGAGGCCACCACGCUUUCCGCGGCCGACGCAGACAUUCCCGCCUCCGCCGGCGUACCCGUCACCAGUAUAUCCGUCGUCAGCGUACGCGCCGCUAGCGUACGCGCCGCUAGCAUACGCACCGCCAACAUACACACCGCCAGCUUACGCACCAGUAUACCCAUGGGGAGGAUAUUCCCCACGUUUCUUGUAGAUUCGUAUCAAU